GUGAAUGAUCGAAGUUCUGUAUUCUCAGCGUCAGAUGAUCUGCAGCCUGUGAAGCGGAGCAGCAGCUGUGAAUUUCUGCCACCUGAUAUGUCUGAGCAGAGGAUGCUUCUACUGGGGAACAGCUGGUCCGAGGGGAGUUUAGUCGGGAACUUCAUACUGGGAGAGACGAAGUUCAUCACUGAGGAAGAACCAGAGCAUGAAGGUUUGACCAGGAUGCCAAAGUCUGACCACAUGAAGUCGUCUUUGAACCUGGUUCUGUGUGGAAGGACAGGAGCAAAUAAGACUUCAGCAGCUAAGGCCAUUGUAGGUCAGAGAGACCUUCAUUCAGCCUCCAACUCCUCACAGUGUGUUCAACACCAGGCAGAGCUGAGUGGACGUCUGGUUUCUCUGGUGGAGCUGCCUGCCUUGUUUGGAAAGCCUUAGGAGGAAGUGAUGGAGGAAGCCCUCAGGUGCAUCUCCCUGUGUGACCCUGAGGGCGUCCAUGCCUUCAUCCUGGUCUUACCUGUGGGUCCUCUCACUGAUGAAGACAAAGGGGAGUUACAGACCAUCAAGAAGACGUUCGGAUCUCCAGCAAAUGACUUCACCAUGAUUCUGUUCACUGUGGACUCAGAUCCUAAAGCUCCAGCUGUUGUUAACCUCUUACAGGAAAACAAGGAGAUCCAGGAGGCCUGUCAGAGCUGUGGAGGAAGAUAUGUAGUUCUCAACAUCAAGGACCAGCAGCAGAUCCCAGAGCUGAUGGAUGAUGUGGACACGAUGAGCGUUGGAGGAUCCAGAUGCUUCACAAUGAAGGUGUUCACCAAGGCUCUGAUGGAGAAGGUUUCAAGACUUGAAGCUGAACUGCAGGUUGUGAAACAGAAGACAAAGGUGGGAUGUGAUGAUCAACAUCAGGCCAGAGAGAGUCUCAGGAUGGUGCUGAUCGGGCGGACUGGCAACGGGAAGAGUGCAACAGGAAACACCAUUUUAGGCCAAGAACAUUUCACAUCUAGAGCCAGCUUAAGGUCAGUGACCACGUCGUGUGAGAAGGCAACCGGAGAGAUUGACGGACGGCUUGUCGUCGUGGUCGACACCCCCGACUUGUUUGUGAUGACAGAAAACUUUCAAGAGGAGCUGGUGAAGUGCAUCAGCUUGUUGUCUCCUGGACCUCACGUCUUCCUACUGGUGCUGCAGAUCGGCCGCAUUUCACAAGAAGAAAAGACUGUGACGCUGGUCAUGAAAUGUUUUGGGACGAAGUCUUCAGAUUUCAUCACCAUCAUAUUCACCAGAGGAGACGAUCUGAAAAAUACAACAAUUGAGAGUUACAUAGAAGAAGACAAGGAUGACUUUUUGAAGGAACUCAUCAAUGACUGUGGAGGAAGAUACCUGGUCUUCAACAACAACGACCAGACAGACCGCACACAAGUCAGAGAUUUGAUGAAGAACACCAACCAAAUGAUGAAGGAGAAAGAAGGCAGCUGCUUCACCUCAGAGAUGUUACAGAAGGAAGUGGAGAGGAUUAUGAAGAAGAAAGAAAAGAAAUGCAAAGACAUAAGGAGGAGCUUCAAAGAAAACAUGAAGAAGAAAUGGAAGGAGUGAACAGAAGACAGUUACGUGACGUUGUUACAUUACGUAACGUUGUUACAUUAUGUUGUUACAUUAUAUUGUUACAUUAUGUUGUUACAUUACAUUGUUACAUUACGUUGUUACAUUACGUUGUUACAUUACGUUGCUACAUUACGUUACGUUGUUACAUUACAAUACGUUGUUACAUUACAAUACGUUGUUACAUUACGUUACGUUGUUACAUUACAAUACGUUGUUACAUUAG